UGAGAAGAGAUGCAGAGCAUGUGGGAAGGAGAAUGUUGAGGAUGGAGCUGCCAGGCAAACGAAAAUGAGGAAGGCCAAAGAGGAGAUACAUGGAUGUGGUGAGAGAGGACAUGAAAGAGGCAGGUGUGUUGGAGAAGGAUGCGGAAGACAGGCAAGCUGCUAAUAUUGGAGAAGACUUAUUACCUUCACUUUCCCGAGAUGACAUCAAAGAUCUGUUUCCUGGUCCUGAAAAUUUCUUGAGGCGCCAGGCUAUAUGGCUUGUUGUGAAUAAAGAUGAAAAGGUGGAUGCUGCUCCUGAAAUUCAGCAGUCACCCCCCACUGGAGGCAGCGACCUUUCAAAAGAGGAGGCCAGUACUUCUAAAUUUGUGACUAUGUCCAACCCAGAAUACAUAGUCUUCACAGACCGUGAGCUUGAACAGGUGAGACGCUCCUACUUUGAGCAGAAACGGCUGGGGACUGAGCACAGCGUGGCCUUAUCCAAGGAGCUCCUCUGCCAACUCAUAAGAAACACUAUGACUAAUAUGAUUUCUAUUGCAAGAGCCACAGAGGACUGCAGAUACCCCACCAAACAUGAGGUGAAUGCCAUGGCAAAACGAUUGGUGGAUUACUAUCCAAUGAUAAAAGACCGGUCAUCAAACAGUGAGUGGGAGCAUGUUGCUAAAAAGCUCAUGAAGAGACUCUCAAAUCUCAGAAGUCCAAGGAAGGCCAAAGUUCCUCCUUCGAAGAAACCACGACAAGAUGUGGAAGUCAGUUCAGACAUUUCAACCACUGACUAUGAUGGAGAUUCCAGUGCAUCCACUAUUAUUCUGGAAUGGUCACCUGUUAGUCCCAUGGGCAUCUCAGUGCUAGAUCUGUCACCUAGAGCUAGCACCCCACUGCAGAGCCGGGACAGCAGUGAUGAAACAUGUGGUUCAGUUGACUUCAUGGACAGCUCGAAAACCCAAGCAAGACACUACAAGACCCUCCAAGAAAUGUUCAAGUCCAAAAAGCCAAACAAAGCUGCGAUAACUCAUUUGCUGAACCUGGAAUUUGAGUCUCGAAGACGCUUCAUCACCUCUGAUGUGUUAAAGGAGCAAGACAGACCAACAAAGAUUCUAGAGGCUUACCCAUGUUUCCGAGAACUGGAUCACGUGCUGGAUGAGCUAUAGCAAGUCAUCCAACCAACCAACCAACUCCCAGUACAUCUCUGAGAUGAACAGCAGAUGGGAAACCUUCUAUUCAAAGGUCCAGUUUUAUGGGGUGAUGAAGAAAGCCAUGAAGCCUCCUAAAACUUUGAAUGGAGUGGAGCAUGUCACAGCUAUGUUCUGAGCCCUGCCACUGCUCUUCCCGUCCAGCACCAUGCCACCUAAGAAGCUAGGCUUAAGCAGCGAGACUGUUUUCCAUGUCCUUACGACUUCAGAGGAUCCUGAUGGUUUCCUGUGCCAGCGACCACUGUCUUGUCCAGUUGUGCUUGUUUCUGAGGACAACUGCAUGAUCGCCAUUGGAAACAUGCCAGUGACCACCUUCAACAUUGAGAGGUUUGAUGAGGGACUGCUGUACUUCAUGGCAUAUUACUAUGCCCUGCACCUCACUUACCCAAAGUGUAUUUCCACACUUCUGUCAGUACUGCAAACAGAAAUUCUCCAAGAUUCCAUUCAUGAGCAAGAUUUGACCCCUUCCUACAAAAAAGGCAUUGGCGAGUGGAAGUCCUUCAUUGAAUCCAGGAUGAGUUUCAUAGAAUCAGAAUGGUGCAACUGGAAUCAAAGUUCAUGUCCAAGUUAGUUGAAUGCAAUCCCAGGCUUCUGAACCUCUUCCAAUCCAAGGGAGGAACAAUGGGGUUGACGUUGCAGACUAUCCUACUCAAGGUAUCCUUCGAUGGUUCCCUGGAAACCUCACCUCAUCUCAUCUCAUCUCAUCUCAUCUCAUCUCAUCUCAUCUCAUCUCAUCUCAUCUCAUCUCAUCUCAUCUCAUCUCAGCUGACUACGGGCGAAAGGCGGGGUACACCCUGGACAAGUCACCAGGUCAUCACAGGGCUGACACAUAGACACAGACAACCAUUCACACUCACACCUACGGUCAAUUUAGAGUCACCAGUUAACCUAACCUGCAUGUCUUUGGACUGUGGGGGAAACCAGAGCACCCGGAGGAAACCCAUGCGGACACGGGGAGAACAUGCAAACUCUGCACAGAAAGGCCCUCGCCGGCCACGGGGCUCGAACCCGGACCUUCUUGCUGUGAAGUGACAGCACUAACUACUACACCACCGUGCCGCCCCCUGGAAACCUCAUUAAUAAUUUUAUUUAUUUUUAAUUUACACUGGUCCCAGAGAUAGCACAUCAAGGAUCCUUGAUGGGGGUUUGUUUAACAGUAAUGUAAGCCACCUAGUGCUACACAUGGCAGCUUUUACAAGUUUUAGGUCAGUGGAUGAUUUUUACACGAUGAAUAAUUUUUUUUGUCAUUUCAGGCACCAAGCAA